GGGCAGCAGAACCGAUGGAAGCGGCGAAAAAGAACGAAUGCAGCGGACAAAAAAAAAGAGGCGAAGAAGACGAAUGCGGAAGUGACGUAUUCUGUUUACAAUGACUCCUAACUAUUGAGCGCGUGCGAGCUAACUAAGCUAAGUCCUCGAAAUUCCCUCUUUGUGAAGACGCCCACAUAAACUGUCUGUUUUUGAUGGGUGGUCACGGGGCUUUGGGGAACGAGCCCGAGUCUUUAGACUACUCGGUGCACGAAGCUUGGAACGAGGCCACCAACGUCUACCUGCUGGUUAUCCUGGUCUCCUUUGGCCUGCUUAUGUACGCAAGAAAAAAUAAGCGAAAGAUCAUGCGCAUCUUCACCCUGCCGCCCUCCGCCGGAAGCAAUCCGGAGCCGAACUUCUACGACAGCCUGCAGAAGGUCCGCCUCCGCCAGCAGCUAGAGAUGUACUCCCUGGCCAGGAAGUUGGAGCAGCAGCAGCAGACAGAGAGCGUGCAGGUCUUCCAUGUAAACUCUUCAAGCAGAGAGGCUUCCCAGUGGUGAUGACAUCUUAUUAAUCCCACCUCUGCUCUGAUGGAGGCUCCGGGCGCAGCGGCCCCUGCCCCCAACUCCUCCACCCCGCCCCCACCGGUGCCCCUGCGGCCGGCCGUGGCCCCGUCGGUCCAGCUGGGCUUCACCAUCCUCUACACCGGCCUGUACGCGGGCCUCUUCCUGGUGGUCUACGCCCAGCUGUGGCUGCUCCACCUCUACAGGCACAAGAGAUGGAGCUACCAGAGCGUCUUCCUGUUUCUCUGCCUGCUCUGGGCCGCCCUGCGCACCACACUCUUCUCCUUUUAUUUCCACAACGCGGUGGCCGCCAACCACCUCCCCGUGGCGGUGUACUGGAUGCUCUACUGCUUCCCCGUGUGUCUUCAGUUCUUCACUCUCAGCCUCAUCAACCUGUAUUUUACUCAGGUUUUGCUCAAAGUGAAGGAAACGUACAGCUCAGACAUGAACAGAAGACUGUGGGCGGCGCGCUGUGUGUACGCCGCGCUGAGCGUCCUCUUCCUCGCCGUCAACGUGGUGUGCGCGGCUCUGGGGGACCGGGGCACCAGGGGCGAGGCGGGCCAGCGGACCUGGACGCUGGUCCUGGUCCGGGUCAUCGUCAACGACCUGCUCUUCAUCCUGGACGCCGUGCUGCUGGCCAGCAUGCUGCUGCUGCUGACCCGGCACUCUCGCUCCGCCAGCCCCUACCUGAUCAGCAAGGGGACCACGGUGUGCCGGACCGCCGCGCUGGGCGCCGCGGUCAUCCUCCUCUUCGCCAGCCGCGCCUGCUACAACCUGACGGCCCUCAUCCUGUCCCAGAGCCAUCGGGUUGAGUCAUUCAACUUUGACUGGUACAACGUCUCGGACCAGGCUGACCUGCAGAGCGACCUCGGCGACAGGGGCUACCUGGCCUUCGGCGCCAUCCUCUUCAUAUGGGAGCUCCUCCCCACCGGCCUGCUUAUUCUCAUCUUCAGAGUCCGCCGGCCGGUUCAGGAGACCAGCGGCAUGGCCAUCAACAACAGGGUGUUACCUCGUCCGUAUUUCUUCGAUGACCCACAAGGCAGCGACGACGAGAUACCGGCUCCCUGGGCACGGGCGGCGCCGUCAAAUGCGGGCUGGUAUGGGUCAGAAACCGCUCCGCUCCUGUUCGCCAACAAUCCUCCAGACCAGAGCCAGCAGCACCACACGUUCUACUCCACUCCCCAGAACUGACAUCCCAGUCUCCGUGGAGACGCUUACCUCAAAGAUGGGACCACACACACACACACACACA